GGGAGGUGGGGCGGUGCGUGUAGGUAACGCGUCCCUGGUGCGGGGGGGGCCUUAUUAGAACACAGAGGCCCUACCAGGCAACCCUUGGCGUUCUUCCACGCCUCAACGUGCGCAAGCCACGGUGGCAGAUCGCCGCUGGGAGCUACUCCCUCAGAGAGGGGCGCAUGAUGAUAUGCACGUAUACGACUCCCACCAGCAAUUGUUUUGACGCACCUCGCAGUGCCGAGGCCCAUAGAAGGCAUUCGGGUACCGACGCCGUAAGAGCCAUCGCUGUAUUCGCGCAUCACCGCUGCUUACAACGGCACCGGCCCAAGCGGAUGAAAUAUUCUGGUCAUUUCCAGGUCGCCCUGCUACCAGCGGCUCAGCAACCAAGCGCGGCCCACGUGACCAGGGCAUUGCGUGGCAGCGUCGAUGGCACCGCUCGGCCUGGAUGGCCACUUCUACAAGAUGGUCCUGCCGAUAGUCGCGUGCGAGAGCGUUCUAUGGUGGUAUGCCUUCCAGUACCUCCAGACUGACCCUCGGACUUGCCAGGUGGUGCUCUCUUUGCUCGGACUCUGGUGGUGCUUCGCGGCUUUGUGGGUGGAGGUGAAGAUCGAGAUGGCUUAUCCUGGAUUCGACUACGAGAACCCGACAGACCCACAGAUGAAGAGGUACAAGCCGUUCUGCGACUUCGCGCCAUGGGCCACGUGCAGCGUGGUGCUCAUGUCGCCACCUGGGCGCUUCCUGCGGUACUUCGGAGUCGCCAGGGAGGGCGGCGGGGAGGGCCUCGUCAACUGGGCGCGAGGCAUGAUCGAUGUGCCCAACCCUACGCUCGGAGUCCUCUACUUUGCAGCCCACCUGUUCUGGCCACUGAUACUGAUAUUGCCGAUCCCUUUUCUUCCGCAGUUUUUUUUUCUUGCGUGUAUCUUCGUGGGCGGCAUGACGAUUUGGCUUGCCUACAACCUGUUCUUCGUCCUGAAGGACUUCUGCGUGGUCUGCGUCUCGCAGUAUGUUGUGAACUUUGCCCUGAUUCCGACUGUGUACCACAUGCUGCAUUCCCGCUACGACAUCCUCGACUUCGGCGUAGUGCCCAAGGGACUCCUCUGCCCGUUCCUCGCCCUGGACGCGGUCAUGGGCGUCGGGGUACUCCUGUUGUGGCUGUGGUCGCUGCGGAACCCGCGCGCCGCGCACGCGCGAGAGAUCCUGAAGGAGGGAUACUUUCAGGUGGGCGCCUGACCAGGCCACCCCGGGACGCGAGCCCGGCGGCAAGUGGACGGCGGCGGGGACAGGCGCGCAGCGGCCUCCGCGAAGAGGGCGCCCUGGGGGCUCGCUACGGUGCAGGCGUUGGCUUGGGGAAUUCUUCCUGGGGCUUGUGGCCCCUCUGGGGAGGGGGGCGUUUUCGGCAGCGACCUCAUUUCGCAGGCCCGGCCAGAUGCAGCAACAUGCAUCUGGCUGUUACUACCUUGCUAUUCAGCCAUAGUUGAUUCUAGGGUCAUUCGUCCCGAGCGCUUUGGAGGGUGUGGCUGAAUCAGCUCGCCGGCCGCACGAGUUACACAGAGAGCCAAACCACUUCUGUGGCGCCGCCCUCAGGGCAUUAGUGCGGAUGUCUUCCUUGCAGGUUGGCUGUGACGUGGCGGUGUCACUAGGUGGAUCGGCUUUUAGAUGGUGUCUGUGUCC